AUGUUCAUUCAAACGCGCGACACCCCAAACCCCAACAGUUUGAUGUUUUAUCCCGGUGUUGAUAUUUUGCCUGGCAGCACACUGGAAUUGACCAGCGCAGCGGCAGCACAUCAAUCACCGCUAGCCCGGGCGCUCUUUCGCGUGGAUGGCGUCAAGUCGGUUUUCCUGGCCUCGGACUUUGUGACGAUCAACAAGGAUGAAGCUGCCGAAUGGAGCACGCUGAAACCCAACAUUUACGCCACCAUGAUGGACUUUUUCGCCAGCAACCAGCCCGUGGUUCUUGACAGCUAUGAGGCACCCACCGAUACGGCCGUCUCGGAGGAUGACGACGAGAUUGUGGCCAUGAUCAAGGAACUGCUCGAUUCACGCAUUCGGCCUGCGGUGCAGGAGGACGGCGGUGACAUUUUGUUCCAAGGCUUUGUGGACGGCAUUGUUCAGCUGCGGCUUUCGGGCGCAUGCACUGGUUGUCCCAGCUCCAUCUUUACGCUCAAAAACGGUGUGGAGAACAUGCUGAUGCACUACAUUCCCGAGGUGGAAGGUGUCGAGCAAGUCUUUGACGAGGAGCUGGAUAAUGUCAAUCAUGACGCCUUCAAGGCCCUUGAGGAUCGUUUGGGCAGUGAUAAGGUGUAA